ACUGAUGAGAAGAGGGUAACAUGGGACGGAGACACUGGGUCAGGGCCACCAAAUGCCAGCUGCUAGUGACCAGCCUCUUUGUCAUGCUGCUGGGGCUGUCAGUCACCGUACUGACCAUUAUCACCCGCUAUGGGGCUCACUUCAGCGUAAUCAGUGGUGUCUCCUCUGAAGCAAACCCCUAUAGAAUCUUCCACAGUGUAGCAUUCUCCAGCGGGAUAUGUCUGAGUAUGACUCUGGUCCUUGCAGCCCUUCUGAGUACUGCUGCCACAGUGAGAGAAUCAGUGUGCCUCAUGGCCAUGGGAUUCUUCUGUUUUGCCAUUAUAUUCUGUGCACUGAUACAGGCUGCAUUCUGGAGAUACACUAACAACAGUGAAGUGGAAGAUGCCAUGAUGGAUGUGUAUGAUUCUGUGUACGAGGAAGUGAGGAGGAACGUAUCCAGCUUCAGGCGGCAGGAACUAGCUGCUAUCCAUGAAACAUUUCUGUGCUGUGGAAAGCAGUCACCUUUUGGAGAAACAGGAAGCAUUGAAAAUGAGACAUGUCCAUCAGAACAAAUGGGCACAGCCAAAGAAGACUGCCUCGAAGAGAUCCAAGACUUCCUAAAAAAACAUAUGGCUUUCGUCUCUGUGCUACUGAUCAUCACAAUCUGCUUUAUGGUUUAUGGGAUGAUUUUAACUUCAUUCCUCUGGUUCUCCAUCCACUUCAGCAACCAUCUGGACCGGAAAGGCAAAUACAUUCUAAGAGAGAGCUAGAAAAGAGUUGUCCCGCUUUCCCACCACAGCAAGGAUUUCCAACCUUUGAAUUGGGAAACCAUCUGAAAGUUAUCCACAGAGUUCCCAAAGAAGCUGGUGGCUAGGCAACUAGAGCUUGGACCUGAUACCUUCAUGUUUCCAUUUACUGCAUUACCUGCUUUUUCUGCAUUGCCAGCUGACUAGUGGAAAUGAUCAUGGGGUAGCACAGGGCAGGAAGAUGUGACAUUUCUGAAAGACAGGCAGGAAAUGUGACAGGCAGCGAGCUGUGGAAUCAGGGCCAUGCAGAGACACAGACAGGCCUGGUUAGCAUUGGUAUGAGAUGUGGACGGUUGUGAAGAACCAGCCUUUUUUCAGGCACUGGAAUAAAUGAUUAGAUUAGGGUUUGGCUUUUGUCUAGCUGGGAUAGGUGUUAAAACAGACCCUAGCAACAAAAAAACUAAAAUGCCAUCAAGAAGGAAAAAUAGUCUAGUUAAUACUCUCAGCCAGGAGAAUGUCCACUCAGCCACUGCCAAAACAAACACACCAAAUCAAUCAAACUCCACAAACCCUAGCAAAGCAACCACUCACAUUCAGCAACCUUGCCUACCCUCCCCCCUCCAAAUAACUAAUUUCCCCUGGAAGAAAGAAAUACAUCAGAACGCACAUGGAAUAAGUAACUUAAUUUAACUGAUUUACAAGUUUCCCAUAGUCCAUUUUGUUCCUGAACAAAAACACGCACUAGAGAGCUUUAGUAAUUUAUAAAUGUACCGACCAAAAUAGAUUUUAAAAAGCAAAUAAGAAAUUUUGGAAAGUAAAAAAAGAUUUAUUUUAACAUGGGAUUUUACAAUGUAUCACAAGAAAAUCAAUCACAUAAAUUCACGCUGAGUGCUCUGAAAAACCAGGCACUGUUCCUCUCAAAAGCGUUGUCUAAACUAUGAGACCCUUGCUGAAGAGCAAAUGCAAAUGGAGCACUCAUUUGCAUAUGUUGUACUUAUUUGCAUUUCCUCUUCCUUUCCCUUUUGUGCAAGAGGUUUUUGCGCAAAAAAGCGCUGUGUAGAUGGCUGUGAGGCACUGCUGUUUUGAAACUCUGUGGUGCCCUUUCAAAGUGGCAUCACUGCAUGGAGACCUGGCUCAGCGGAGGAGUCCCCGGCUGAACUGGAGCUCUGCACGGUGCUGCCACUUUGAGGGGGGGGGGAAGGAGCGACUAGCUGGCUAUCCUGUCGACUAGUCCUUCGCAUUCCUAGUGUGGACAAUCACUCUUAAUCUUUCUGAGAGGCGUCUCUGCUAUAGGACAGGAUAGCUUAGGACAUACCAGUUUUUGCACUAUACAUUUUAUACAUUUUGGUCAUAUACCAGCUUGCAACAUCCUUUGCCGCUAUUGCUGCAUUUUGUAUAAUAGUCUUUUAAAAGACAAUUGCUAGUGCAGGCUCCAGUCAGCAGUUGACUUCCACAAGCUGCUCUUGUAGGCUUCUCUUGUAAUAUAUCUUGAGUAACUUUGCAUAGUUCCUCCUCCUUUCCCAGGCUGCAGUUCCAUCAGCAUAUUAUAGUUUGCAGAGAUAUCCACUUUCAACCUCUUGUCUUUAUAUGGAGUCUCAUGGCAUUCCUUGAUGUAGUUGUUCAUUAUGCAGCAAUAUAAAGUUACUUGACCCAUUUCCUUGGUUCAACACCAAUAAUGAAACAAUCAGACAAAACAGCCAUAUACGGCUAUAUACCAAGAUGGUUAGAUAACCUGAAACAAUUUAACUGAUAAAGUCAUCUACUAGCCAUGUUCUAUAUCACCGGUUAUGGUCAUUUCAUCCUUAUAGCUAUUUGGAUAGGGUCACCAUAAAGAUUUUUACUUCACUUCGGCUGUUCAGUAUGCUAAUUGACAUAUCACUUUCUUUAGCAUAAAACAACAAGGUGUUGUUAAUGAUGAAUUAGCUAUUUCUCGUGGUUGCAUUUCUAAUUUAAAAGGGAAACAUUAUCCUAACUAUAGGAAAUAUCUUGUGAUCACAGCUCUCGUUGGCAAGGCCCUUUGCUGAAACUGCAAGGUUCCAUUUCAGAACGUUUUAGAUUACUUUAAUUCUACACAUAGGAUCUAUAUCCUCAGCUGCAGAUUUGCCCCACUGUUUGUUUCAAUCAACUUCUUAAGUGUAUGAUAGACAAUUAUAAUGCCAUAUUACACAGUUAAAUUGAUGUUCUCUGUGUAACAUUGUCAAACCCAAUGCUAUGCUUAUCCCAAAGGCCAGCUAGAACGUCAUGUGACUCUUGAGUACUUCAUUAAAAAAAUUAUUUCCUGUCCAAAUGCUACCUUCCUUCACUCCUUCUGCAGGCGCACAGGGCUGUUUGGGUGGCUGUGAUGUUUGUAUAACGAUGUGUGACAAUAUUUCUUUUGGUGUUUAGAAGCUGCAUACAGCUGGCAGUCGCUUUGGCAUACAAGCACAUCCUAGCAGUGAAAGACAGAGAUGUCUGAAUCAAGCGUUGAGGAAGGGGAACAGGCCAGCCAGCUCUGCUUCUGUUCUUUGUUGCUACAGUAAUCCACCUCCCCAUACCAGUAACCAACUAGGGCUUAGAUCAGGAGCCAGUAAUUUGGAAGCAAUAAAGCAAGCUAAAACAGAACAAGUGAGCAUCUAACUACAUGUCAGGAACAUGGACGGAAGGUUUGUCGAGUUUUUGUUUAUUUUUGGCUGGAAGAUUCUAUGGUGACUGGAGAACUAGUACAAGUCUGACCUCACAAAAUGCAAGAGGAAGAGAUUAUGAUUUGCCUAUUUGUUUAAAGAGCAAUUAGUUCAUUACUUGUUUUGUCACAUCUAUUUAACUACCAUAUUUAAUGAACACUAGCAGAUUCACCUGACAUUGCCUGGGCCCGGGAGGGGGGAGGGACGGGUUCUGCGCAGGCUCCCUGGGCUGACCCAGGGCUGAAGGGGGGACCACAGGUGGGUCCAGUGUAGGGUAGAUGGGCUGAUGGAUGAAGUCACAAGGAAGAACAAGGCAAAGGGCACCCCACAAACCUCUCACUGAGAGUAAGACGGGAAGGAGCAGCAGCCCGCAGGGUGUUACCUGCUCCAGCGCGUGGAGAGCUCCGCACCCCCGGCCAGUCCAGACUCCCCCGGCAACCAUAGGGUGGCCGAGAUCCCCCUUCAGAUAGUGCCCCCCCAAUUCUCAGGACCCCAGGUCCCCUCACCAUGUAGGGCCGAGCUGA